UUCUGCAGAAAGAAAACAAAGGUGCUAACAGGGUUAGCAUCAUUUUAACAGCCCGUUGGUGUGAGGAUCUAGUCCAGAAAUCUGCGCAGCAACAAUGUGUUCAGUUCAGCCUCUGAGGGAGUUUAUCAGACAGAGACUAACUGCUGCUGCUGAAGAAAUCUUCUCAGAGGUGGAAAAAACCAUCAUCCAGUACGAGGAGGAGAUCGACCGUCAGAGACUGCUGGACAUCAGCUGGAGACCCCGGAUCAGCUCACAGAGAGCAGAUGUCCCACAGCUUUAUGUCUCUACUGGGACCAUCCUGACUGACCAGCAGCCCUGUAACCCAGUGGAACCAGAAUCUAAGAGGUUAAAGGUGGAGCUGGAUGAAACAGAGGCUUUGGGAAUCAAGGAAGAACAGGAGGAACCAGAACCUCUUCAACUGAAGGAAGAAAGCAGCGAACUGGGCUUCAAUCAGGACGAAGCUCAGCCGAAUCCUGUUAAUGAGAAAAUGGGCCACAAUCAACUAGAACCAAACAAGGAGCGGCUCCUCUUUCAGAACUCUGCUGAAGACCUCCCAAAGCAAUAUAUCUGUAAGGAGGAGGAAGUCCAGGUUGAUCCACAGCUCUGUAACCAGAAGGGGACCUGGUGCUUGAAGCAGGAAGAAAUAGAACCUGUGCAGAUCACAGAAAAAUGCACUGAACUUUGCAUCAGUCAGGACAAAGAGCAGCUGGUGCUAAAAGGGGAGACAUAUGGAUUUAAGAUGAGCCCAUUUUCUGAAACUGAACCGAACACAGACCUCAAGCAGGAGACUGAUCAUUUUAUGAUGAGUCCUGUUUCUCAUGAUAAAGACCAAAGAGAACCAGACCCAAACAUGGACCAGGAACUUGCUAUCACUAAGCACCAUAUUCAGAAGGACAAGACUGUCAGUGACUCAGCCUCAAGCACAAAUAAAGCGUUAGAGAAAAGCAAGAGUGGAAAAACAAAUCUAACUGAGGUUAAAAGAAUUGACAAAGAUAAUAAUCUGCUAUCUUGUAAAAUAUGUGGGAAAACAUUCACUCAGCGGUAUUUGAUUGUGCACAUGAGAACACACACAGGUGAGAAACCUUUUAAGUGUUCUACUUGUGGAAAAAGGUUCAUUCAACAAAGUCAUCUGAUAAAACAUUUUAGAAUUCACAGCGGCGAGAAACCUUACGCAUGUAACACCUGUGGUAAAAGUUUUAGCAUAAGCUGUGCUUUAAUUAGCCAUAUGAGAAGUCACACAGGCGAGAAGCCUUUCUCAUGUCAGAUCUGUGGACAGAGUUUUUCUUACAGAACAAGUCUUAAAGUUCACUUAAGAAAACACACAGGAGAGAAACCGUUUGUGUGUCAGAUGUGUAGAAAGAGUUUUGUUAAGAAAGGUACCCUGCUAGAACACAUACGAACGCACACAGGGGAAAAGCCUUACUCCUGUCAGAUAUGUGGGAAAAGCUGCAGUUUAAAAGGAAAUUUGAAGCUUCAUAUGAGGAUUCACACAGGUGAAAAACCUUUUUCAUGUGUGACCUGCGAAAAAAGCUUUGCAGUAAAAAGUCAAUUAACUCGUCAUAUGAGAAUUCACACAGGCGAGAAACCUUUUUCAUGUGUGACCUGUGGAAAAAGCUUUGCAGUGAAAAGCCAAUUAACUCGUCACGUGAAAAUUCACACAGGUGAGAAACCUUUUUCAUGUCAGACUUGUGGUAAGGGUUUUACUAAAAACCUGUAUUUAAUUUCCCACAUGAGAAGUCACACUGGUGAGAAACCUUUUUCAUGUCAGGCGUGUGGGAAGGGUUUUACCAAGAAUCUUUAUUUAAUUACCCACAUGAAAAUUCAUACAGGUGAGACAAGUUAACUGUUUUACUUUCUCAUUGAUCGCAUUACUUGAGAACCUAGUCCUUUUCAGCAACUUUCAAAAGUCAAGCACAAAGCUCAAACCAAGAAUCUUUAUAGUAGAUUGAACGACAAACUCCUAAAGCCAACACCACUACCCUGCUAAAUAUUUUCUGGAUUUGAAUUCUACUCAAUACUAAUAUUACAACCAAAUCCAAUGGCUUGGUCAGUGUCUGACUGAUAUAUUGGUUAAUAUAUAACUAAAAUUGUUCUAACCAACUAGACUGGUUGUUUUUCCAACAGAUCUAUUCUUAGUGUCUCUAAACUCUUUGCAAACUCUAUCCAAAUAUUCAACUGACUGCAGCUCUCCUAAAAACACCCACAUCUUCACUGAAUAGUGAAGCUGUUUAAAAGCAUGUCAAACUUUGCAAGACUGUAGUGAGGCUUCAGUCAUCACCUAUUUUGGCUCCUCCCUUACAUGAACAAGUCUUGAUAUGCACUUCACGGAAAUGCUUCCCCACUACUCGACACACGCCUCGGCUCAUCUCAUAACAUCACUACUUUCAGGACACACCUACUAUUAAGGACUCUUUUGUUUUCUUGGGUGCUCCAUGUAAAACUCAUAUUUACCAACUCAGGCCUCUUUGACCUGUGGACUGUCUGGAGGCCACAUAGCAGAGACCUACUUAUUGUUCAAACUGUUGUCAAGGUACUUUCUUUUUUUUUUUAAGUAUAGCAUGUUUGCAACCAAAGAGAUAGCUUGGACCAUUCCAUCCACUUCUUUCUUUUUGAGUUUUACAGGAAAAAGUAAAAAAGAAAAUGAAAAACUAUGGCAGUUGUAGGUCUGUUAUAACUGGACUGGACAGCAGCAGAAAGAUAUAUCUUAGGUUGAGGCUAUGUAAUAAGUUUAUGAUUAGUAUUGUGAGUUUCUUGUGCUUUUAUAUCCAACAUAAUUCAUAGCAUGUUGUUAACCAACAAAAUAAAGUUUGAGACAUGUCAGCAUGGAGCACACCUGCUUACAGACACAACUGACAGAUGUGCAGUGACAGAUCUCCAGAACCACCAUCCGAUCCUCCCUCAUUCCUGUCCUGACUCUCCUGGACAUUUCCUGUAAUGUGUGAUGUGCCAAUGCUAUAAAUGGUAAAUGGCCUGUACUUAUAUAGCGCUUUUUUAAGU